AUCCAAUCAGAGGUUAGCAUCUCGGCUUCACAGGCGGGCGCUGCGCCAACUCGCCAAAAGUGCCACGACUCCAAAAGUCAGCGGCGAUUCUUUUAUCACUGUGAGUUUGACCGCAGGAUCAGGAUUAGAACGGACAGGACUGAGCAAAGAUGGAUGUCUACGACCCUCAAACUCUGGGAAUUGUGGUAUUCGGUGGCUUCAUGGUGCUCUCUGCCAUUGGCAUUACUCUUGUGUCAACUUUUUCAAUGAAGGAGACCUCUUAUGAGGAAGCCCUGGCCAAACAGCGGCAAGACUCGGGCAAGAUCCAACCCCAGCGCUCAGACAAGAAGAAAAAGGUAUCUGAAAAGAAAAACAAGGCCAAGAAGAAGGAGGAGAAGCCAAAUGGGAACCUUCCAGAAUCUGAGCCUGAGCCUUUCCUUGAACCUGUGGUUGAGAACAGUGAGACCAAAGCAGUACCCCAAGUUGAACCACAACCUGAACCUGUGCCGGUUCCUGAGCCUGAACCUGAAGUUAAACCCAAGCCAGUUGUACCUGAACCAGCUCCUAAGAUUGUUGAGUGUCCUGUCCCCCCCACUGUAAGUGCUGUGGUGGCUCCACUGGCUCCUUCCCCCAAGGAGAAGAAAAAGAAGAAGGUGGCCAAGGUAGAACCGGCCCCCAUCAAACCUGUGGAGGUCCCAGAAGUUGUAGUUAAGGUGGAGCCAGUGGUUGCAGAGGUGGCAGUGAAAGCUGCAGUGGCCCCUGAUGUUGCUGCUCCCCCUAAAGCUGAAGAACCCAAAACAGAAGCUCCGACCAAGAAGAAGUCUAAGAAGAAACCUGAGCCAGUGGCUUCUGUGGAAACGGUCAAUGUCACCCAGCCAUCAGCAUAUAAAAAUCUGGUCUCCAGUCUCAAUAGUGCAUCGUUCAGUGAGUCAGAGACCCAGAAACUCUUUGAGAUCAUCAGCAAGAAGGCAGGAAAGGACUCCUGGCAACUGGCAUCUCAGAAGGGUGACCCAUUGGCGGCAUUGAAGAAGCAGCUAGAGGAGAAGGAAAAACAGCUGACCACUGAGCAGGGCAAUGUAGCUGUAGCCAAGACCCGUGUCAAAGAGCUUACCAAGGAGCUGAGUUCCGCAAAGAGCAAGAUGACAUCCGUAGAGACCCGUAUGAGCUCUGAGCUGAGCUCCCGUGGCCAGGAGAUUGCAGCUCUUCAGGCUCGUAUGCAGGCUUCCUACCAGGAGCAUGUCAAGGAGACACAACAGCUCAACAGCAAGAUCCAAAGCCUGCAAGAACAGUUAGAGAAUGGACCCAAUGCUCAGCUGGCCCGUCUGCAACAGGAGAACUCUAUUCUCCGAGAUGCCCUCAACCAAGCCACUAGCCAAGCAGAAAGCAGGCAAAAUGCAGAGUUGGCAAAGUUGCGUCGGGACUGUGUGCGUCUCAUCCGAGAGCUGAAAGAACGCACUGCCGCUCAGCAUGCUGAAGAAGAGCGCAGGAAGACUCUAGAAACCAAGAUGGUGGCUGCCGAAGAACAGUUAGCACAAACAAAAGCAUCCCAUAUGGAAGCACAGCAGGCUCUGCAGAAGAAGUUGGAUCGCAUCAGUGAGGAACUCCGUGAAGCUCAGCAAGGCAGCACCAUUUUUCAGGCUCAAGUAGAUGAAGCAAAAGAGCAAGCCAAGACUCUCACCGAACUCCAGGAGCGAAUGCUUGCCACAGAGACAGAGCUUAAAGACAGAUGUGAAGAGCUGGAGGUAUUGAGAGCACAGCUGUCUCAGACAACAACAGUUACUGAGGUAAAGCCCUCCGUGGAGACACAAGCAACAGCACAGGCUGAGAUCCAGAAAGAGAGCGAACAGUUGAGGAACAGUCUGAAAGAGAAGGAGGACCAGCUGACAUCACUAGAGGUGGAGUUUAAACAGUUGAAGGAGGAGCUUGACACAGUAAAGAGAACGCAGGCUGAGGAAACUCAGAAUAGGGUAAAUGUGGCCGACACUGAAAGGAGGGAAUACACUGCAGAGAUUGACCAACUCAAAACUAGUCUAAAAGAAAAAGAGGAUUUGGUGGCAUCCCUACAGGCCCAGUUGGAAAAGAUGGAAAGUACAGUUGAAACAGAGCCACCAUUUGAGAAUCUGGAGAAGGAUGCAUGCAUGAUCUCACUGGAGGAGGAACUUCAACAGCUUAAAGAAGAGAUGGAGAGAAUGAAGGCCAAGAGCAAUGAACUGCGUGAGAAGAACUAUACCGCGGUGGAGGCUCUGGCUGCCGCUGAGAGGCUGAGCGAAGAAAGACUGAGGCAAGCCAAGGCCGCACAGAGUGAAACUGAGCAGCAGCUGAGCUCUUUCCAGACAGACACCAGAAACGCCUUCCAGAAGCUCUUUCCUCACAUCAGCAUAGAGACACACCAGUCGAAUUGGCUGGAAGCAUUCACGCAUGAAGCACAGAUGACGCUGACACACAGUCAGCAGAGUCCGGCAGAACAGCAGCACACAGCAUCAAGCUCCGAAUCGACGGAUCUGCAGCAGAAGCUCGCUCUAUCAGAGGAGAGCCAGAAGUCACUACAGGCCGAGUGUGAACAGCACAGAUCAACUCUCAGCGAAACGGAGAGCAUGCUUAAAGUUCUGCAGAAGAGUGUGGAGGACGGUGAGCUUGAGUGGAAGUCAAAGAUUGCAGAUGCUGAGCAUCGAAAACAGGCGGCCCUGGAUCAGGUGAAGGUCCUAGAGGAAACCAUAGAGAAGAUGAAUGUGGAAAGACAGGACACGGAUCAGCUGAAGGGGCAGGUGAUGCUUUUGGAAGCACAGCUGGAGAAACAACUGGAGUCCAUUACCAUCAGUCAAACGUACGCAGAAGAGAUGUCUCAGCUGAAGGCAUUGCUAUCAGAAACUCAGGUCCAGCUGGUAUCAGCCAAAGCGGAGGCUCAGCAACAGAGAGCAGAACUUUCGAUGGUGAAAACACAGCUGGAGGAGGCAACAAAUACACUGCAGACAGAAGAGGAUAUUCGACAGCAGGUUGCAAGCAACUAUGAACAGGCUCAGAAGUGCGUCAGGGAUCUCGAGGCUCAGUUAGAAGAGUUGAAAGCUGCUGGAGAAGCACCAACUGAAGAGCUAAAGGAGAGACUGGAGAAAGAGAAGAAGCUGACGCGAGACCUCGGCCAGGCAGCCACUAAACUUCAACAGCUGCUGAAGAGCACUCAAGAAGAGCUGGACAGAGAGAAGGAGGCCGUGAAGAACCUAAAGGAAUCAGUAGACGGCAAGGAAGCCGAAGAGUCGAAAGAAGGGACAUCUGUUUGACCGAAUAAACCCCACAGCCCAAGUGCCUUAAUUGUUUUUAUGCAUUAUUUACUUAUGUAUUCUCUGCUACUGUAGUGAAUAUGCUGACUGUUUUUAGCAAGUGAGGAUUGUUAAGGGAGGAAGCAUAACAAUAUGUGAGGUGACUGGACACAUCUCCUAAAGUUAUCACAAAACCGCUCUUAGUGUUAACAGAAAGCAGUGCUUGAGUGAAAGACACUUGGCUCUUUUUAACUUUGUUUGCAUGUUCUCAUGAGGGUCAAAGGAAGGAACAUUUCAUAAUGCAGAAAUGCAACACAAGCUACUACAAUUUUGUAGUUGGCUGGUAACAAAUGUGAUUAUAUAAUAAUAAACUACAUACUUUGA